GCUGGCGCUUUUUCCGGGGGAAGAGGGGGGGGGCUCGCGCGGCCUGCGGUUGUCAUGGAGCCGGACCCCAAGAGCGGCUACGUGCUGAGCAGCCUCGCCGAGGUGGUGGAGCGGAUCCUCGGCUUCCUGCCCACCAAGACCCUCCUGCGGGCGGCCUGCGUGUGCCAGCUGUGGCGUGAGUGUUCCCGCAGAAUCCUGCGAACACAGCAGAGCAUCACCUGGAUCUCUGCCCUGGAACCAGACCGAUCGAACAGCCAUGUCCUGGUCCACGUGUUAGCAGAAGACAUUGAGAAAGUUCAAGUCCUUCCUCAGACAGUCUUAUAUAUAAUAUCAGAUGCAGUGAAGUUAAGUGAAAACAGUAAUGUUAGUGGUAAUAAGAAAGCAAGGCGAAGAUACAGUAAAGAAAUUGCGGCCGCCUUGGAAAAACUGCUCCCCAGACGAUGCCAGGUGAUCGGUCUUGUCACACCUGGACUUGUAGCUACUCCCAAAGGCUCCGGCAGCCAUCGUCCCAUGGAGGUUGAAGAAGCAGAGGCCGGCUUUGCCUUGCUCUUCCCCAAAAUCGAUGGGGUGAAGAUUCAGACCUUCCAUUUUUCUAAAGACCCGAAGAAGCAGACCAUGGAUGAAGGACAGUUUGCUGAAGCAGAUCUUAAGAGCGACCCAGACCUUAGAGCCAUGCUCCUCUUUGGAUACAACAACUGGAAGUCGGGAUCAUCACGAUUUUUCCGCCAAAUCGUCAAUCGCUUGAACGAAAAAAGCAUCAUUUUAGCGGGCGGAUACGUGGACAGCAUUAACUCCCUGACUUUUGACACCCCGCCUGUCGAGUCGUGGGGCGUAGUCGGCCUGGCGUUCAGCGGUGCCCAGAUCCAGUGCGCCUCCGUCCUGCUGGAGCAAGACGUCAAGAAUGAAAAGUUAGCCGAAGCGGCCAUGCAGCGCCUCAAGGCGGCCAACAUUCCCGAGCACCACACUCUGGCUUUCAUGUUCGCCUGCGUGGGCCGGGGGUACCUCUUUUAUGAAAACAAACCCAACGUGGAGGCCGACAUUUUUCGAAAGUACUUCCCCAACGUGCCGCUUUUCGGCUUUUUCGGACAUGGGGAGAUCGGAUGCGAUCGAAUCGUGACGGGGAAUUUCGUCCUGCGGGAAUGUCACGAGACCAAGGAUAACCUCCUGCACAGCUACACCACAGUCGUGGUGCUUCUGCACUUGGGUUCGGCUAAAGGCAAUCAAGCUUAAAAUUCUCUUCCCCUUUUCUCCUUCUGCCAUUGUGCAGCGGCCCUUGUCUCCAAUUAAUUGUGAGAAACGGGCCAUUCUGGGCAUGUCAUUCAAAGUGCCUCCUGAAACAAAAAGGAAGGCUUGUCCCGUCGGCUUGGCCCGGUCUCCCCGAUGACGUGAUCUUAAAUUCGGGGAAAGAAAAAGAAGAUUUUUUUAAUACCCCGUUUUCUAAAACUGAAAGUGUUUCGUGUAUGGAUAUAUAUAUAUAUAUACACGGUAGAUUUUUACUUCGUUCCAGUAGUUGCAAAUGAUGGUGGUUAGCAUCGCCAGCGCUUUCAUGAUGGAAAAAAAUACUAUUUUUUUUUCUUCUCAGGCUGUUAGUGGAUUACUGAACAAGCCAGCCUAUGAACUAAACCUGUCUUAAGCUGUCUUUUAUUGUUGGUCUCUGGAAAUGCAAAGCUUCAGGUCUUGAGCUGAGCUCUUUAAAAUCAUCUGUGAAGGUAAGGGGGCAAAAUAGCCCAUGGAGGCCUAGUCAAAUUUGAAAAAAAACAUUUGCACUUGAAUAUUCAUCUUUUAGAUCAGAGGUCUUCAAACUUGGCAGCUUUAAGACUGGAGAAUUCUGGGAGUUAAAAGUCCACAAGUCUUAAAGCUGCCAAGUUUGAAGACCUCUGCUUUAGAUGGUCUGGAUUCUUGGGCUUAUCUUGGUAAAAGAUUGCAAGUUGGACCAUCUUGUCUACUAACUUAUAGUUUGUAUUAUAAAUUAGUUGCCUGCUUCUUAGUCGCUUUGGUUGAAGGAAGGUAUAUAUUCCCGGGGGGGGAGGGGGGGCUCUUAAAUAAACAAAGGAACUUCAAGAUUUGUCUGAUUUGGUUUGAAUUCUACUGUUGAAUGUUUUAAAUAUGAACUGUCGGUACCUGGAGCUGUCUAAACAACCACAGUCUGAAAGCGUACGCUAAUAUGGCUUCCUUCCUGUGCAAAAAAACCCCCCAAACCCUUGAAUUCACUGCUUUUAUCAAUGUAAGAAAGACGAACGGCAGCAGAAUUAUACGACUGCAAGAUGUUUAACUUGAUAUUCAGCUUUUUCUCUCUGACAUUAAAGCUACUGAAGAUAUUUAUGAUUUGGUUUAAUGUCCCACGGUUAUACUGGGGAAGUCCGGGCAAGUGUAAAAUAAGGUAACAGAGAAUUAAAUACACGAUUUUUUUCCCCUCUCAA